CUCACUCUUGGACCAACGCGAUACAGACUCCGGUCAACUGUCUCACUCCCCUUGUGCUUCUAGGAGUCAGGGUGCUACAGGCUUGCAUUGUUGAGGGAGAUAAAAUUAAGAAGGAAAGAAAGAAAAGAAAUAUUUUUCGUCCAACAGUACAACCAUCAAAAGCCUUCAUCGCCCCUCCCUCCAUCCCCACCUCGACCCUCCAGAUAUCGACUCCACAGCUGCUUCAAGAGGGAUUGCCACCCGCCUUCAGGAUGGGCUUCAAAACCUGGCUGAUUUACAGGUGGAAGCAGAUAUGCGCGGCCUGCGUGCUGGGUUGCGCUGUGAUCAUGACGGGCAACGUGGUGGGCUGGUCCGUGGAGGUGUCCCGCAUCAUGGAGGAUCCCAACACUAACUUCAACUUCACUCAGGACGACCAUCAGUGGCUGGUGUCGUGUGGAGGCAUCGCAGCCAUCUUCUCCACAGCCGGGGCAGGCAUGCUGGUUGAGCUGGUGGGGCCCUGCCGUCUGCUAGGUUUCAUGCUAGUGCCCGCGGCUAUCGGCUGGAUCCUCAUGGCCACCACGCUCUCCCUGCCCUGGAUCUACGUGGGAAGGGUCAUCACGGGGGCUAUAGGGUUCAUGAUCACCACUGUGGCUCAGCCCGUGAUAGCUGAGAUGUGCCUGCCUGACGUGCGUGGUCUCCUCUCGUCCCUCACGGAGAUCAUGGUGAGCGUGGGCAUGCUGCUCGUGUACAUACUGGCGCGGUUCCUCUCCUGGCAGACCACCACCCUCAUCUGCGGCGUGCUACUCUUCCCGCUCGUCACAGCCAUCCUCUUCGUGCCGGAGUCCCCCUACUGGUUACUCCGGCGAGGCAGGGAGAAGAUGGCGCUUAGGUCCCUCAUGCGUCUCCGCGCCCCGGAACACGAUGUGGACUCCGAACUCAGCAACAUCCGGGAGGCGAUCAAUCAGCAGACCCAGCAUAGCUCCAUCAAGCAGCAGUUCCUGUCGCUGAAGGAGACCGCUAACUACCGCCCCGUCGUCCUGGUCACCUCCAUGUUCCUCCUUCGUGAGCUGGGGGGCGCCAUGAACAUCUUUAUGUACGCCGUCUUCUUCUUCGAGAACGCUGGAGUCAUGCUCGAUCCCUUUUCCUGCUCCAUCGUCCUCGGGUUCUCGCGUCUGAUCUUCACCGUCAUUUCCGCCACCAUUAUCGAUAAAGUGGGGCGUCGUCCUCUCCUCCUGAGCUCUACCCUCAUCUGUUCCCUCACCCUCUAUAUCACUGGUGGAGUGCUGUCCAUGGAGGAUCAGGGUAUUGGGUGGCUGCCCCUGGCGUGCGUGGUGCUGUACGUGGCGUCCUUCGGCAUGGGCGUGGGUCCCGUGCCCUGGAUCCUCCUGGGCGAGCUGCUGCCAACGCCCGUCCGCUCCAUCGGCGCCUCCAUCGUCACCUCAGUCUUCGUCGUCGUCCUCUUCAUCGUCACCAAUGUAUUCCCUGACGUGGCCACGGCUAUUGGAGUGGAGAACGCCUGCCUGAUCUUCGCCACCUUCCAGCUGAUCCUCGCCCUGAUCGUGUUCCUGUUCGUGCCGGAGACUCGCGGCCGCACCCUGGAGGAGCUGCAGCAGGCAUUUGUAGGCAACGAGCUGCUCACGCCCUUCUCCCAGACAGGGCGGCAAGGAUACACCCCGGCUUACGGCUCCACCUUCCCCUCCGGCAUGUCUUUCCCUUCCUCCUCCCAAGAAAAGGUCCGCUAGGUCUUCACUAAGGCAGCAGGCACGCUAUGACACUGCCGCGUCUGUUGCUUGAUUGUUUCGCUUCCCGAUAAGCUUACGAAUGUCAGUCAGCAGUGUAUUUUAAACGUUUCACCAGUUUGCCUUGACUGCUUUCAACAGGCUCCAGUGGAAGUUCUUUAGUAAGGUUUCAAGAGUGUUUUUGUGAUUCUAGUGAUAGUUUAGGGAGGUUUCUGCACCUUGAGUGGGAGAAGGCGCUCGUGAUAACCCGACUAAUCAUCUCUGCGGUCUUUGAAAAUUGUCUUGUUGAGAACGUAUGUAAAGCGUUUCAAAAUACGGGCCCGAAUAUCUGUGUGUGUUGCCUGUAUUCACAACACAUUCACUAUUAGUUAAUGCAAAAAAUAUGAAUGAUAAGAUAUUCUAGUGUGGAAA